AUGUGCGUGCGUGGUACGGCAGAGAAUCCCGAUCAAAGCCGGGUCUUCUGCUCAGAAGGUGGCAAACGCGGGAGGGUCCGGGCAGUCCGAAACGAAGCCGAGCUCCGCCUCCGACCCAUCAGGCGGCUACGUCUUGUGACAUUGACGCCAGCACGCAGGAAACAUCAACCAAGACUGCUUCUUCACUGCCUCGAGGCAGAUAGCGAGACAACGAAGUCCCCCAAAGGGGAAGUGGAGCUGCACAGGUCCUUCUCAGCCAUCAACGAAGAAUCCGGCACAGCCUGGGGUGGUGGCGAGGAGGGCCUGACCAUCAAAGUCGGCCUUCUGGGAGCGGACCUGGAAAACCUACGAGAGGGCUGUCAGCGCUUGGCCUGCGAAUCAGAAGAGAUCGUGCAGGCUAUCUUCGAGCGUCUUGGAAUCUUGCACUGUCGCACCUCCCGGAUCGAGACUGCCUUGGGACUGCCGCCGUGGCAGCCUCCAGAAGACAGUGAUGAGGCCGAAAUGAGGACAGCACAGACGGAUGACGAGAACGGAGACGAUGCAAAAGGUGCAACCAUUCCACGCUGCCUGCGAGGGCAUGCACUGGUGCCGGAUGAAGAAGGUGCCGAGGGGCCACCGAAGCAGUGUGCCUUCUGCAAGAACCGGAGGCAAACACAGUUUCGAUGCAGCGAGGGAUGCUACUUCCAUGCAUGCCAGGAGUGUGUGCUCGGAGCGCCGGAAGGUGCAGGCAUGGAAAGUGCAGACGGGGAGAGUGGGGUCGCUUCCGCGACUGCAAAGGAGGACAGGUCUGACACGGCAACGAAAGCUCCGGAAGAAGGCACGUCCCGUUCCCCGUCUAACACCUCUGACGAGUCCCGUUGCGAGAAGGCGGACGAUGCCUGUUGUCGGCCUCCACAAAGCCGGCCACAGACACCGUCAACGAUGAUGCAAGAGGACUCCACGGAUGCCCGCCUGGAAGUGGACAGCUUCGGUUCAGAGACACCAGAUGCCGACCUGCAGGAGGAGGCAGCAAGGCCUCCGCGGCCUCCAAGAGAAUCUACCAGCGGGCUGAAGGCUCGGCUUUCUGCACUGGAGGCAGAGGUGCGAGAGCUAAGUGUAGCCUCUGAGAGUGCAGUCGCCAAAGAAGCGGCUGCAAUGGCACAGGAGGCCGCAGAGGCAUGCUGCACGGCCUUGCACGAGGACGUGUCGAGACUGUUUGCUGCUUUCGAAGCCGAAGUAAAGGCAUCGAUCAUGAAGCUUCAGGGCCAGGAACCUGGCGAAGUCCACGGAAUCGGCACAAGUGCCCACGAAGAGGUGCAGAAAGAGCUUGCUGAGUUUGCAGAGGCAAUGCAGCAGAACUUUGUCAGCACUUCCGAGUCCUUGCGGCAGAUGGUAGUUGAAGCCCAGGAAGAGGCUGAAGAGCGACUUCUGGGAAAGGCAAACGGGAUGCACCAGACGGUUGAAGGACUCCAUCUACGGCUUGAAGCACUUGAAGCAGACCUCCCACGUGGCCGCGUCCGAGCCUCCAACAAGGGUCCUGCUCCACGGACUGUCCCUGCAGAAGGAAAUGCCAUCGAGGGCUUGGCCCUCGGCUUCUCUGCCCUGGUCAGAUCGCUCGGACUCUCGAAAGGCGAACGUGUUGGGCUGGACUGGAGCUGGGAAGAGGCUGGCCUGCGCAUUGAGGAGGCGUGGGCAGCAAAAGCACGCGAGGCAUGGCAUCUUGGCCUGCCUCCGAAACCUGACCUCUUCGAUUUCCUUCAGAGCCAGGUCCGCGCGACAACUUCUACCACGGCACCAGCGCCCAGACUGCCUGACCGGCGGGAGGCAGCCAGGCUUACCAGCCGGCUUGCUUCCUCUCCUGUUUCCUCUGGCUGCGGUACCUUGUCGUUCAGCCCCCAAAGCAGUGCAGCCACUGAAGUUAAAGACUUGGAGGAGUCGUCUCCGCUCCAAAGGAGCGGUUCCUCCGGUGGCAUCGGCCUUGGCGGCCUUGGCCCAGGGCCAAAGGCCCAGCCUCGCGUCGCCUGCCCUUCGCGCGGCCGAGCCGCACGAGGUGCUGAUAUGGUCAAGGGCUCGGGUGUGCGACACUUUCCCGACUUGACAUGCCAGAUCUUGGCCUGUUCUAUUGGCAUCUACUAUGACUACGGAUAUGUCGUGCUUGCGCACUGCAUGUCCUGGAUAUCCAACAUGUACCUGACCAUCAAUGUGGUGAAGGCACGUAAGCAGUAUGGCAUCAAGUACCCGGCCCUCUAUGCUCCCGACGGCCACCCCCAUGCGGAGAGUUUCAACAGUGUGCAGCGAGCUCAUCAGAACACUCUCGAGAAUUGGGCACCGGUGCAAAUCUUGAUGGCAUUCAAUGGCAUUCUCUAUCCCAAAUUUGCUGCUUCUUGUGGCAUGAUUUGGGCCUUCGGCCGAAUUGUCUAUGGCUAUGGGUAUGCCAAGGGUGGACCUGACGGGCGCAUGGUGGGAGGAUUGCUGUCUCAUCUUGGUGACUUCCCGCUCCUCAUCGGUGGAUUCGUGACCGCAUUUGGGAUGAUAUCGGCCAAGAGCACGUGA